UCCAUUCACAUCCAUUCAUUGCACUGCUCAUCGUCGGGGACCGCGGUCGGCAAACGCAUCGUAGUUCCACGCACGCUCGCACACACGCUCACACAGUUCGCCGUCCACCACGAUGGUCAAGUACGCAACAGCGUUGGUGUUGGCGUUCACCGUAGCCGCGGCUCUAGCGGCGGAACAGCCGGAAGUCGUUUCCAACAAUGAACAACAGCAGCAGCAGAAAAACGCCGCCGAUGACGGCCUCUCCUGGACCGAAGUGAUCGCUUGCUACAAGAAGCCGCAAGCGGCCAUCGGGUGCCUGGAAUCGCGCAUGAGCCGCGCCAUGGUGUCGAUGCGCGAAACGGCCGUCGGUCUGGCCCACAGCGACCCGGAAACCGCCCCCGAGGACGUUGCCGGAGUCGGCGAUCUGGUCCAACAGAUCGGCGAGUUCAUCACGUACGGCAUUUCCAGUUACUUCCACGGCGGCGACGGCGGCGGUGGUGGCGAAGAAGACGCUGUGUCGGCCCCGUCCGUCGGAGGAUCACCAGUCAACUCGCCGAAAGACCUCGACGAAGGUAGAGGACAUCAUAAGAAGAAGAAGAUCCAAAAAGAAAUCAAGAAAUUCGUGUUGAAGGUUUUGUUCGGUAUCUAUUUGUUCAAGCAAAAAAUCAAGAUGAUCAUUAUGACAAUCCAAUCGAUAUUGAUGAGCAAGUUCUUGAUCGUUGCAAUGAUCUACGCUAUAUCCAACACAUUCAAGAUCUGGUACGAUAUCAAAUGGGGCAAGCACGGUCACCACGACAAAGUUGUGUACUACGAGAAUGCUCACCACCAACAUCAUUAUGAGCCACCAGAGCACGGAGAGUACGACGAUCAUCACGGUUUCGGAGGUAGCAUCUGGGGUAGAAGUAUUGUGGCCACUGAGCCUUCUGUGAUGGAACCAGCUGGUGGUGCUGGAUCUGGAGCACAUGGAGAUGGCAUCAGCCGUUAUAUCAGACGUGUGUCAAGGACAGCACAGCCCCAAAUUGGAGCACAGGAUAUGGCCUUUGGAGCUCAAAUACCGAGUCAAUAAUCAGCCUCACCUUUCAAUUUCUUUUCACCUUAACCAAAACUAGAAAACUUUAGGAAAUUUUUUUUUAAAUACCUAUAUCGUUAAUUUUUCUAACUAUUAAAUUAUCUGUAAUCUGAAAAGACUAAAGAGUGACGAGUGUAGUACAAUGAAUAAUUGAAUAUGCAUUCGUCGAUUGAUAAUUAUUCAGAGGAAUGAGCUGAUCGAGAGAAUCGGCAUUCUUACAAACAAUCUCUAUCGUCUGACUAUAUAAAUUAAAAGACGUUACGAGAAAACAUUCUUAUUCUAUGGAAAGUAAUUUUCCAGUAAUUCCUAACUAGGCCAUAAUAUUAUCAUUAACUUGUAUGCACACUCCUUAUUUAUUAUAUAUACUUUUAUUUAAUUAGGAUCAUAAUUGUCCUUAACAAAAUAAAAUUAGAAUUAUAUAUAGUUUGACAACUCAUUAGUCUGGUCAGUUAGAUUAUAUUUAAUAAUUAAUUUGAAACUUAUAGUGUUAGUGUAAAAGACUUUUGUUUGUUUACUUGAUUUAAACUAAUAUAUUGCACUUAACUUAAUGUUAAAAAAAGUUAGUUUGUCGUUUGUAUGGCGAUCAUGCAUGACGCAUACCUAAAUAUAACAUGCAUGACAUUUACGGGAUAAAACCUGGCCUAAGAAAUUGCUCAAUAUUUUUGGUUUUAACAACAAUAAUUAAAUGUCAAUCUAUGUAUUGAUUUAAUUUAUACAUCACAAGAAUGAUAUCAAUGUGAAAAUUAUUAUUCAGAAUACUGAUAUUACGCAUUCAUAUUAUAUUAUAUUUAUUGUAUUAUUUAUUUAUUUAUUUAUUUAUUUUAAUUUAUUAUAUUAUUUUUAUAUUGUAAAAUAAACGUUUUCAUCCGAACA